AUGGGACGAAGAAAUUACAAGACUGCAUUUGUCACGGGGUUUUUACUACUAGUGGUCUACUUCUUUUAUUUCUCCUUUAAUGGACAUGCAGCAUACAAGACUGAACCAAAUUCCAACAAAUUGCAACUUAUAAGAGAACUUGAAGCUAAUAAAGAAUGGAAAACUCGAGGAUUCAACUUCCAACCAAAAUUAAAACCAACUCCAGAACAAUCAAGUAAAGUUCUUCAGGAACUAUACCAUAGCAUUCCUUAUGAUCCUACAAGCGACUUUCCUAAAUUUAUCUGGCAAACAUGGAAGGUUGCCUUGAGCGAUGAAUCUUUCCCCAAGAGAUAUCGCAAUUUCCAAAAAACUUGGGAUGAUAAAAACCCCAAUUACAAGCAUUUUGUGAUUUCAGAUGCGCAAUGCGAUGCCCUUGUUGCAGAGCUUUAUGCUGAAGCCCCCGAUGUCGCAAAAGCCUACAGCGUCAUGCCUAAAUCAAUCUUAAAAGCUGACUUUUUCCGUUACUUGAUACUAUUUGCCAGAGGAGGAGUGUACACCGACAUUGAUACCGUAGGAUUGAAGCCCAUUGACGAGUGGGCAAGCAAUAAUGAAGAAAUAGCCGGUAAAACAAACAAUGCAGGGUUAGUUGUUGGAAUUGAAGCCGAUCCAGACCGUCCAGACUGGGCCGAUUGGUAUGCUCGCAGAAUACAAUUUUGUCAAUGGACAAUUCAAUCAAAACGUGGUCAUCCCAUGUUGGCCCAGCUUAUAGCAAAGAUCACAGACAUAACGCUAACAAGAUCAGCAAAGGGACAAUUGAAAAAAAUAUUGGGUAAAGAUGAAGGUGGUGAUAUAAUGAAUUGGACAGGACCUGGUAUUUUCACUGACUAUGUUUUUAAAUACCUCAAUCAGGUAGUUGAAGUUGAUUGGCGUCUUUUCACAGGGAUGGAACAACCAAUUGCUAUCGACGAUGUUUUGGUGUUGCCCAUAACUUCCUUCAGUCCCGAUGUGAAUCAAAUGGGGGCCAAGUCAUCAGGUGAUCCAAUGGCAUUUGCCAAACAUAUGUUUUCGGGAAGUUGGAAGGACGAUGGCAUGCCUGAAAUGCUUACAUAG